AGACGGUGCGUAGCCCAGGAGGACGCAGGUGACGCCAUUAUCCCGUCUUGUCCCGCAGCCACCACCGCAAAGGCGAAAGGCAGUUCCGGGCCGCCUUCUUGUAUACAGUGGGGGCUCCCAGGAUGCCACGCGGCGCCUACAGCUCCCACCAUGCAGCGCAGCCUUCACGCCCAGGACGCAUCUCUGCGGGAGAGGCUGACGCGGCCGGCAAACUACGAGUCCCAUGGUGCAUGGCUACCGGAAGCGCGGUUACGCUGCUGCCUGCGCGGGCCACACGUGGCCCGGGCGCUAUUGCACUGGUCCAGCCCGCUGCCCUUCCGGGUCUCAGGUGGUUCCCAGACGCGGGAACAGGAGUUCGCUGUCCGGCCCGCCCAGUGGGGUGGGCGAGCUGCUACGCGCGCUCACACCGCCGAACCGAGCCGCUGCUUCCCCCCAGCGCCUUGGUGGGAGCUCCGGCCGAAGCUGGGAGGCCCUGUCACCGCCGCCCCGAGGAGCGGAGCCAGGAGUGCCGAAGCCCGCGUGACUCCCCCCCCCACCCCCUGCCCUGGCCUUGUCGGCUCGGGACAGAUCUCAGGGUCCACACGGACGUAGCACACGUAGCACACGUCACUCAUUCACUCUCCGUGUCAGGAACCCUGCUGCAGGCUGGCGUCAGUCCUGAGAGGGAACAGGCCCGGUUCUGCCUCCGCAGAACUCAGGUUCUAGUGCGCGGAUACGCAAAGUAAAUAAACGAGGCAGUCCCAGGCUGACACUGUCACGGGGUUGAAGGAUGAGAAGGAGCCGGCCCUGCGAAGAUGUGGGGCGAGCAUCAGCCCCCAGGGGUCAGAUGCAAAGGCCCAACUAAGGUGGCCGGAGAUGGGUUCAGAGGCAGCAGCCAGCCCAUGCGGGCUCUGACAGCAGGUGAACCCGCGUGUUAGCGCCAAGCACUGGUUUGUUAACGCAAGCCACACGGUACCCUUAUCGUAUAGAUGAAGUCAGACAUAGAAAGGUUUUCUUGCUCGGGGUCACACAGCUGCGAUAAAGUGGGGAAACCGUUUGGGAAGGAUGGGACUUUACUGCAAUCACACAAGAAAGUGUUGUGAUUGUUUUUAUUUAAAUUUUUAAAUGGUAAAAUAAUACAUAACGUAAAACUUACCAUUUUAACCAUGCAAUUUAGGGGCACUAGGUGCAUUGACAUUGUUGUGCAAUCAUCACCCCCAUUUAGCUCCAGAACUUCUCAAACUGAACUCCAUACACAUUAAACAAUAGCUCCCCAUUCCCCUCCCCCAGCCCCUGGUCCCCACCAAUUUACAUUCCGUUUCUAUGUAUUUGACUGCUCUAGAGAUUUUACAGAAGUGGAGUCAUACAGCAUUUGUCCUUUUGUGUCUGGCUUGUUUCUUUAGAGUAAUGCUCUCAAGGUUCAUCCACAUUAUAUAGCAUGUGUCAGGAUUUCAUUUCUUUUUAAGACUGAAUAAUGUUCCUGUGAUUGGUUUUUUGUUUGUUUGUUUUAAAUUCUUCUGGCAGCUAUGUGGAAACUGAAGGGGGGAUAGGAACUGGGGAGAAUGGAGGCCUGGUGGGAACUGCCCAUCCGGGUAGGAGGGAUGGCGGUAGCUGGCGAGGGUGGAGGAAAGAGGGUGCACACGGUAUCAUUUGGGGCAGAACAGGCAGAAGCAGAUGCGUUCAUGUGUCCGUUUAUAGGCAUCGACUGUGCGGGGUGAGGAAGCGGGAGUGGGGAAGGUUCUCUUGAGAGUCAGACCUGGUUUGAGGUCCUUGGCUUUGGCACUCACCAGCUAGUGGCCUUGGGCAACAUCUGAUCUCUCGGAGCUGCCUUUUCCUUCCUUGUGAGAUGCGGAAAGAUAGGAGGCAGCAUGUGAGGAAGUCCACUGCUGGGGGCAUGUGCCCCACAGUGAUCACCCUAAAAGGAGGGCCAUUGCAGCUGGGGCCCAGGCUCUGCAGGGCUUGAGAGGAGGCCUUUGGGGCUGGCUGGGGCCAUUCUCAGAGCUGUCCUCUGGCAGGAGGUGGGUGGGGCAGCAGCUUCGAUCAGCACCCGAUACCCCCUGCAGCCAGAGAUCGCACUAGCUCAUUUCAGCAUGGGGCCGGGAAUGCACAGCCCUAGAGCUGAGCGGGCCCAGGGCCCGAGAGAACCUCUGAAAGGUUGGGUUUGGUGGCGCGCAACGCGGGCCCUCCCACGGAAGGCUGGACGGCAGAGGCACGCAGGCCUACAGGAAGCUGAGUGCAGCAGGGCGGCGACCGGCGGAGGGCGGGCGGGCGGGGCGGGAGGGACACUGAGAUCCCGGCCUGCGGACCCUCGCCGGACAUGAGGCGAGCUUCCGAUGCGGCGGGACCCGGAAACGCGCCGCCGGGAGCAGCCUCCCUGGGCCCUGCCUGAGCAGGCCUGCCUGGCGAGCUGGGACAUGUCUGGCCCCCGAGGACAGCCGGUGGGCGAUGGCUGCAGAGGCGGAGGGGCUGGAGCCCGAGACAGCGGCUGGAGAAGAUGCUGCAGGAGAUGCUACAGAUGCUGUGGAUGCAAGGCUGGGGGCACCCCCUCUCCUGGCUGGGAACCGGCUGAGCCUGGACCUGUACCCCAGGGGCUGCCACCGGCUGCUGCACCUGUGUGCCCAGCAGGUCCGUCAGUUGCUGGAGGUGGAGUUCCUGCAGCUGAGUGGCCACGAGGACCCUCAGCUGCUGCAGGCCACCCUGGCCCGUCUGCCCUGGAGCCUGCCACGCCUCCGCUCCCUGGUCCUCAAAGGUGGGCAACAUCGGGACGCUCUGGGUGCCUGCCUCCGGGGCUCCCUCGCCACGCUGCCCGCCAGCCUGAGUGGCCUAGCCCACUUGGCCCACCUGGACCUGAGCUUCAACAGCCUGGAGACAUUGCCAGCCUGUGUCCCGCAGUUGUGUGGCCUGGAUGCCCUCCUGCUGUCUCAUAACUGCCUCUCAGAGCUGCCUGAGGCCCUGGGGGCCCUCGCCGCCCUCACCUUCCUCGCUGCCACCCACAACCGCCUGCAAACGCUGCCCGCAGCACUGGGGUCCUUGUCCAGCCUGCAGCGCCUCGAUCUCUCCGAGAACCUUCUGGAUGCUCUGCCCCCUGAGAUCGGAGGCCUGAGCAGCCUGGCCGAGCUCAACCUCGCCUCCAACCGGCUGCAGGGCCUCCCUGCCUCCCUUGCGGGCCUGCGGUCCCUACGGCUCCUCGUUCUGCACAGCAACCUUCUGGCCUCGGUACCUGCCGGCCUGGCCCGUCUCCCGCUGCUCGCCCGGCUCGACCUGAGGGACAACCAGCUCCGGGACGUGCCCCCCGAGCUACUGAAUGCCCCCUUCGUGCGCCUGCAAGGAAACCCCCUGGGUGGGCCUAGCCCUGGCCCCCACAGUCCUCCAGGGACACCCGUGGUUCCAGAAAUGCCCAGACUGUUGCUGACUUCAGAUCUGGACAGCUUCGCCGUGACCCCCCUAGGCUGCUCUGUGACCCUGGCCUGCGGUGUCCGCCUGCAGUUCCCUGUGGGAGCCACUGCUACCCCUGUUACCAUCCGCUAUCGACUGUGGCUGCCAGAGCCCCGCCUCGUCCCUCUGGGUCCCCACGACUCUCUGCUCAGUGGUGUCCUGGAGCUGCAGCCCCACGGGGUGGCCUUCCAGAAGGACGUGGGCCUGUGGCUGCUCUUUGUGCCCCCCCGGGCCCGGCGUUGCCGUGAGGUGGUGGUCAGGACCCUGAGUGACAAUAGCUGGAGUGACCUGGAGACCCACCUGGAGGAAGAGGCGCCCAAGCGGCUCUGGGCUCGCUGCCAGGUGCCUCACUUCUCCUGGUUCCUCGUGGUUUCGCGCCCUGUGUCUGACGCCUGCCUGGUGCCACCAGAGGGGACAUUGCUGUGCUCCUCAGGACAUCCUGGGGUCAAGGUCACAUUCCCCCCUGGGGCCACUGAGGAGCCUCGUCAUGCCCGCAUGCAGGUGGUGCGCGUGGGCAGCAGAGAACUGCCGGCCCUGCUGGGAGAGCCUGAGGCGGCCGCCAGUCCCCUGCUCUACCUCUCCCAGAGCGGCCCCCCAAGCUUCCUUCGGCCAGUCACCGUGCAACUGCCUCUGCCCCCCGGCGUCACAGGCCUGAGUCUGGACCGCUCGCACCUGCACCUGCUGUACCGGGCCCCUCCCGCGGCCACCUGGGACGACAUCACGGCGCAGGUGGCACUGGAGCUCACCCACCUGUAUGCUCGCUUCCAGGUCACGCACUUCUCCUGGUCAGUGCCCCCUCCCUCCGCCUCUUUGGUCCCUCACCCCUGCCCCGGCCUGUGCACUCCGCUCACCCCCAGCCUUCCCAGGUACUGGCUCUGGUACACCACCAAGACCUGCGUGGGGGGCCUGGCGCGGAAGGCCUGGGAGCGGCUGCGGCUGCACCGCGUGAGCCUCAUCGCGCUGCAGAGGCGCCGGGACCCCGAGCAGGUCCUGCUGCAGUGCCUGCCCCGCAACAAGGUGGACAGCACCCUGCGGCGGCUGCUGGAGCGCUACCGUGGCCCGGAGCCCUCAGACACCGUGGAGAUGUUUGAGGGUGAGAAAUUCUUCGCUGCCUUCGAGAGGGGCAUCAACGUGGAUGCCGACCGUCCAGACUGUGUGGAGGGCAGGGUGUGCUUCGUCUUCUACUCACACCUGAAGAACCUGAAGGAGGUGUAUGUGACCACAACGCUGGACCGGCGGGCUCAGGCCGUGAGGGGCCAGGUGUCCUUCUACCGAGGAGAGGUGCCAGAGGAGGUACCUGAGGAGGCGGAGGCUGCUCGGCAGAAGAGGGGUGCAGACGCCCCGUGGAUGGCCACUCUGCCCCUCAAGCUGCCGAGACUGCGGGGAUCCAAGGGCCCAGGGCAAGGGGCUGGCCUCUCCCUGGCACCUCUGAACCUGGGCGACGCCGAGACUGGGUUCCUGACACAGAGCAACCUGCUAAAUGUGGCCGGGCGCCUGGGCCCUGACUGGCCAGCCGUGGCCCUGCACCUGGGUUUGCCGUACCGUGAGCUGCAGCGCAUCCGGCAUGAGUUCCGGGACGACCUGGAUGGGCAGAUCCGCCAUAUGCUCUUCUCCUGGGCUGAGCGCCAGGCCGGGCAGCCAGGGGCUGUGGGGCUCCUCGUGGAGGCCCUGGAGCAGAGUGACCGGCGGGACGUGGCCGAAGAGGUGCGAGCUGUCUUGGAGCUUGGCCGCCGCAAGUACCAGGAGGGCAUCCAGCGCACAAGCCUGGCCCCCGGGGACCUCGGCCCACCUGGCUCUUCAGCAUCACGAUCCCCCGAGCCUGCCCAGACCUAGAACCUACCGACUUUGGGCUGGUCCCUGACAUCCUCUGGCCAAUGGUUAGAUGCUCCCACUUUCAAACUUGCCUUGGGUAUGGGGCCAGUGACCCUCUCCUCCUUGUGUAACAAACGUGCACCAUCCUG